CUAGCGUCCCACCUGCUGAAGCUCUUGGGGCAGAAGCAGACUGCGUCACAGGUGGAGCCCCCCGCUCACAGAACAUGAUGUUUCGCGACCAGGUGGGCGUGCUAGCCAGCUGGUUCAAGGGGUGGAAUGAGUGCGAGCAGACGGUGGCUCUGCUGUCCCUGCUGAAGAGGGUGAGCCGAACGCAGGCGCGCUUCCUGCAGCUCUGCCUGGAACACUCCUUAGCUGAGUGCACUGAACUGCACGUCCUGGAGAGUGAGGCCAACAACCCAGCGGUGAUCAGCCAAUGGCAAGGUGAACCAAAGGAACGUGUCAUAUCUCUCGUCCUCACUCAUCUCCCUCUGCUCAAACCUGGUAAUGUAGAAGCCAAGGGGGAGUACAUGCGCCUGCUGCCACGCAUCCUAGCCCACACCAUUGAGCAUGGCCAUCACCUGGAGGAGUCUCGCCAGCUUCUGUCCUACGCUCUCAUUCAUCCCGCUACUUCCUUUGAGGACCGUGCUGCCCUGGCGCUGUGGCUCAACCACUUGGAGGAGAGGGCUGCUGCCCAUGGGAGAUUCACUGGAAAGACCGCCUCCUGCUGGGCCACAUCACGCCCACCACCAAUCCACACCUCCUUCCACGCUCACCUCUUCAAGUUCUUCUUCCUCUACUAUCAACUCAUCAUCUGGAAACCUCUACCCUUUGCAUCUUCACCAACGCUAUGGCUCAGAGGAUCAUUAAAAUGCAUGGAGAAACAAGUGCGUCUUGAGCCUACUCUUGAAUGCAUCAACAGAAGCAAGUGUGCAAAUAGAGAGUGGGAGAUCAUUCCAGAGCCUUGGCACGAUGGCCUGGAAAGAGCGAUCUCCUCUGGUCUUGAAACGGCGGUGAUCAGCCAAUGGCAAGGUGAACCAAAGGAACGUGUCAUAUCUCUCGUCCUCACUCAUCUCCCUCUGCUCAAACCUGGUAAUGUAGAAGCCAAGGGGGAGUACAUGCGCCUGCUGCCACGCAUCCUAGCCCACACCAUUGAGCAUGGCCAUCACCUGGAGGAGUCUCGCCAGCUUCUGUCCUACGCUCUCAUUCAUCCCGCUACUUCCUUUGAGGACCGUGCUGCCCUGGCGCUGUGGCUCAACCACUUGGAGGAGAGGGCUGCUGCCCAGGGAGAUUCACUGGAAAGACCGCCUCCUGCUGGGCCACAUCACGCCCACCACCAAUCCACACCUCCUUCCACGCUCACCUCUUCAAGUUCUUCUUCCUCUACUAUCAACUCAUCAUCUGGAAACCUCUACCCUUUGCAUCUUCACCAACGCUAUGGCUCAGAGGAUCGCCUUAAUGGGUGGCAGAGUUCCCGGGAUGCAGGACUAAGCGGCGGAUGGCAGCAGCAGGGCUGUGAGAAUGGGCACCUACUUCUCUACCCAUCAUCCUCUGUACCAGCAACAAUCAACACAGUUGGAACUGGUGGAGGCAGUAAUACUAUCCUAACGGGUGGAAGUGGCAGCCAGCAGCACAGUCCCCUGAAGCGCUCUGUGUCUCUCACGCCUCCCAUGAGUGGCCCCAGCAGCCAGCCUCUGGGCCAUGUGUGGCUGUCCCAGGAGGACUUGAGAAGUACUAGAGGCCCAGCCCCAGACCACGCCCCACUUUCUCCUCAGAGCAGCAUUGCAUCCUCGGGCAGCGGAGGCAGCGAGCAUCUGGAGGAGGCUGGUUUAGGAGGCUCUGCUCUGCAUCGCAGUUCUUUCCAUGAGGAGGGCAGUGGCAUGAGGGAUGUUCCUGCAUGGCUGAAGAGCCUCCGUCUCCAUAAAUAUGCUGCACUGUUCUCCACCAUGACCUACGAUGAGAUGAUGUCGCUGACAGAAGAACAGCUGGAGGCACAGAAAGUCCACCAAAGGAGCAAGACACAAGAUUGUCAUCAGCAUCCAGAAGCUCAAAGAGAGGCAGAAUCUUCUGCGCAGCUUGGAAAAGGACGUGUUGGAGGGCAGUAACCUGCGUGCCCCACUGCAGGAACUUCACCAGAUGAUCAUGACUCCUAUCAAGGCUUUAGUGGUAGCGAGGAGUCCUCCCUACAGCGUUCCCUGAUGAACUCUGAGGGAAAAAGUGCUUCGUCUUGCUCCCACUUGGUCGGAGGUGGAGGGGAGGCUGAGUCAGGCACAAGUUUGGUAGCAGAGGGGGACCUACCCAGUCAGUUCACACGUGUCAUGGGAAAAGUUUGUACCCAGCUACUGGUGUCCAGGUCAGAUGAAGACAACAUCAGCUCUUACCUACAGCUUAUUGACAAGUGCCUUAUCCAUGAGUCUUUUACUGAAACACAGAAAAAGAGGCUGUUGUCAUGGAAACAACAGGUUCAGAGGCUGUUCCGGUCCAUUCCAAGGAAAACUCUCCUUGACAUAGCAGGAUACAGACAACAGAGGAGCCGUGGCUUUGGCCAGUCCAACUCCCUCCCCACCACUGGUUGCGUGGGGGGCAGCGUGUCAGCCAGGAGGAGCCUUCGCCAGUUCCAGAUGCCCUCCAGGAGUCUGCCUGGUGCGAGGCUAGGCCUGCUGGGCAGUGGGGGGCUGCUGGGUCCCACACCUCGUAGCUCUAGCAGCACACCCACUGGCCCCAACCAGGGACGACAGGGUUUGUGGUUUGCUAACCCCGGAGGUAGCAACAGCAUGCCCAGUCGGACCCACAGCUCCGUGCAGCGGACCCGCUCCUUACCAGUUCACACCACGCCACAAACGAUGGUCAUGUUCCAACAAGCAGAUCUUCAGUUACCUGUGACCGAGCCGGACAUCAACAAUCGUCUGGAGUCUCUGUGCCUGAGUAUGACGGAGCAUGCCUUGGGAGAUGGCGCUGACCGCACAUCAACAAUAUGAAAAGAAGACCUUAUGGAGAGCAGCUGGAAAGUGAACGCUCACCUGGAGGUCACCAGCUCUCCUGACCCCUCACCCUGUCGCCAGUGGUAGACCUUAACCAAAGGACUGGGCGGGAUCCACGUAACACAAGAGAGCCAGUCAGCAAAGGGCUAACACAAGCUAUCACGCUGACACAUCCAUCAGGUUGGAAAAACACACGUCCUGCUACCUGUUCACGUGUUUAAAAGUGGCCUGGAUUAGUGUGUGAACAGCACCCCAUGGAGGUCAGAGGAAGUACUGCAGACCAGCCAGCUGCAGCAGAAAGGAGAAGCCGGAGGCCCAGCAAGCCUGGGCUUCUGUCCCCAGUGUCCGACCCUCUGGUUGCUGCACAUCGACAUCGUUCAAAUCCAUAACAGUACCUCAGAGCCAAAAAAUGACAUGAACUACCAGGACAAGAAGUUUUUGGGAUUUAUUUUUCAGUGAGAAAGGCGUGUCUAAGCGAAGAUGCCCGUGGAGCAUCAAGAGGCCUCGUGCUCACCACCGGGUGUCAAAAACCAGUUAUUUGUGUGUAUCUAAUGUUUACAUAAUGAUUCUACUUUCAAAGGGUACAGAAACGUGGAGGGUUUCAGGUAUGAACGAUAUCGUUUUCUCCCAGCUUUACAUCACGCCAGAUAACAGCCACAGUGAGUAUUCUUCAUUUUACUGGCCAACAGAGACGGGGUAAGAGCGACGGACGGAGGUAGAGAAGAUGAGUAGAGAUGGCGGGGGUGGAGGGGGGAAGAACCCCAAAAUGGAUAAAGACACAGAAAGUACAAGGGAAAGAUGUUUGAUAAGUAAUAGUGAAAAGGAAGCGGAUGUUUAAAGGAGAAUGGAAUCAGAGGCGGGGACCUUUGAUCAGCUCAAGAUGAAGAGGAGGAAGGCGACGUCACGUCUGAACAUAUUGUCAGUUUAUUCAUCAGGCUGUGAUUUUGGCACGUCACUUUUUUUUAGCUAGUUUGUACUGUAUGAAUUCAGUGUCUUGGAAAAAAAAUUGAGGUUUUUUUUUUUUUUCUCCACGUGAAGGCGGGAUAAAUGAAUCUGAGGUGUCUGUCUUCUGUCUGCAUGUUGAGAUCAUAGCUGUAGUUAUAUAUACUUUUAAUAAGCAUGGAGAUAUGCUCUAAUACAUGUUGCAGCUGGUGUCCUCCACCGGCUGUGAACUGCGUGGACGUGCACGGAAUAGAUCAGAUCGCUGAUGCAGGGUUCAUCCAGAGAGUGUUGCUGCAAAUCAAUGAAGGUUUACUUUCACAGUU